GCUCGCCUUUUAAAAUUACGUACGCUUUCCGUUCAUUCAGUCAGAAAUGUAAGUUUUGAUUGAAACCAUGGCUAUCUUUCGCUGCUUUUGCGGCAUAUUUGCUCUUAUGAUGAUUACCAGUUCGAACGCUGGUCUUGACGAUCAUGAUAGAACCAUUGUCGAUGAGGACAUUAACAAUUACGAUGACAUCCUUGACGCUAUUCAUGAAGGCAAAUAUUACAGAAACAAUGAUGAUAUUGACAGUGACAACUAUGGUACUUUCAGAGCCAGAGAUUACAGUUACGAUGGUGAUGGCAACAUUUAUGAAGGCCAAAAUGACGAUAUAGGCGAUUACGGUAUUUUCAUCGACAAAUAUGACGAUGGCAAUAAACUUUACAGUAGCGAUGUUGACUUUGAAGACAAAAAUGGCAUUAGCAAUAGCGAUGUUGGCGUUUACAAUAUGUACCGUAGUCGAGGUCGUGGCACUCCAGGCACAAUUGAUAAAGCAAAAUUACACACCAUCAUUACUCUGCUGCACCAGUACAGUCCCUUAAUGAAGUUGUUCUCAAUGAAGGCCAAUCAUAAGAAACGGGUAGCCUGGAGAAAAUGGAUUGGCUGGUAUGACUCCUCGAAUAAUGGUCUUAAUGGUAUUGGCUAAUAAAUAGAAAGUCGGAAUUUUGACGUGUUGUAUUAAA